AGACCCGGAGGCGGGGAGGGCGCGGCCUGCGUCAUCCACGGGCGCCGCGGCGCCGGAAGCCAUGGAGAUAUUAAUAGGAGACCAUAUUACCACGUGUCUUUCUCCAUCAGUGUACAAUAUGAUUUGUAAACUUGGGUUUGAAGUCAGAGAAAACUGUGAUAUCAAUAGCAUUGUAACUCAGAAUGGUGAAGUAUGCUGGAAAACAAUCACAGACUGCGUGAGCUAUACAGAAUCAGACCAGGAUCUGGACUACUGGGGAAGCGUGAGGAUGCUGGGCCCUGUGUGUGAGGCUGUCCAUUUACAUCUCUUAUCUCUGACCAAGGGGCAGUUUGAAAUUCGAUAUGCACCGUGGCUCCAGUGGACGAGUUUUCCAGAGUUAUUUCCUGAAAUAUUUGACUCCUUGGAAAGUCAGCAGUCUCCUGCUAUUUCUCUUAGCUUGAUGAAACUGACAUCCUGUCUGGAACGAGCCCUGGGGGACGUAUUUUUACUGGUUGGGAAGGAAUGCCCUUUUCUUUUGAGAGAUCUACUUGCAUCUGAGGAGCUUGCUCAGGUCUUUGGGCAGUCUGUGAUGAACAUACUGAAAGUCUUCGUUGGCUCUCCGUGUGGACUCAACCUACGCAACACCUUAUGGCAUGGCUUCACAUCACCUCAAGAAAUUCCUCCAAAAUAUUGUUCAAUGAUGGUAUUGUUGCUAGCAGGAUUAGGUCAAUUACUAAAGAGUUACCUUCAGCAAACUAAAUCUACACUGGCACAUCGAUCUUUCGUAACUCUCGCAAACUUGGAGGAUUUGAUCUUUUUUCCUGAUGUUAAUAAUGAGGUACUUUCAGCAUUAGAAGAACUGAUGAUGAAAUCCACUUUCAUACUGAAAAUCAUGUUACCAUAUUGGGAAAUCGCACUGAUCAAGUUCAAGUCGCGCAGGUUUGCUGACUGUGCCAUAUUGUUACUGACACAGUUAGAGACUGGACUUAGGAGAGUUUUUGCCAGAGUAAACAAAUGUCCAGAAAGACUCCUGACCGCUGAGUCAACAGCUCUUUAUACCACCUUUGAUGAAAUAUUGGCAAAACACUUGAGUGAUGGUAAAAUCAAUCAACUUCCUCUUUUUCUUGGAGAGCCUGCUAUGGAAUUUCUCUGGGAUUUCCUGAACCAUCAGGAGGGUCCCCGCCUAAGAGAUCAUUUAAGCCAUGGGGAGAUCAACUUACAUGAAUUUCCAAAAGAAGCAGCAAGUCAGUUGCUUGCAUUUUCCACUGUACUUUUACUAAGAUUCAUUGAUGAAGAUCUGUUAUCAGUUUUUAUGGAAAAAACAGCGAUAAAAUUAUUGAUUAGUCUUGCAGAAGGAUAUAAUUCUCGCUGUCAUCCAGUUUCUCAGCUUAAAAAACAGGUGCUGAGCUGUGAGGAGAGCAUCAGGGUUUGGUCUGUGCUGCCUUUGCCUGAAGGACCUGCUGGGGAAGCGGCCAGAUUGGAAAGUAAUUCGGAAACAAGUGCCUGCAGCUCGUUAAUUACAAAGAUUACGUACGAGCUGAGUCAGCACCUUCCUGGGCACCAUUGUGUCUUUAAUGACUUGGACAAUUUUCCCACUGAGAAGUGGCCUGAGCUGCUCGGUGCACUCUGCAGCACACCUGUCCCUACUCUGUUCUGCCCCAGAAGCGUUCUCGAAGUACUUGCUGUUCUCCGAAGCAUCAGCGCACAGUGCCUGCGUGUGUCUGGCCAGGUCAUCACCACCUCGGAGCUGCGGCACCGGCAGUGGUUGGAGAGGAGUCUGAGGUCUCGCCAGCGGCAGAACUACCUGCGCAUGCUGAGUGGUGUUAGGCUUCUGUCUCCUGUGCUUUUCCUGAUUUUAUUGCUCAUUGCACUGGAAUUGGUCAACGUUCAUGUUGUUCAUGGAAAAAGUACUUAUGAAUAUCAGCAGUAUCUAAAGUUCUUAAAGUCAAUCUUGCAGUACACCGAGAACCUGGUGGUUUACACCAGCCAAGAAAAGAACAGAUGGAAUGAAGCUAUCAAUCUUACACGUUCUGCUUUGUUGAAAAUUUGGACUUUUAGUGAGAAGAAACAAAUGUUAAUACAUUUAGCCAAGAAAUCCACAAGUAAAGUAGCCUUAUGAAAACAUAAGUCAGGGGUGCUUUGGCUGUAAUAGAAAAUCCAACUUAAAUAAAUUAUAACAGUAUGUAAA